AUGGAAAGUUUACAGUUCGCUCCUUUCAGUAGCGGUCUUGAUGCUGGAUUUUGGCCAAAGUUGUCAGAGAAAAAAUUAAAUGAAUAUGCUUUGGAUGAAAGUUCCAAAGAUAUCAGUGGUUUCUACUACAAUGGCGAUAUAAGGAACCAGAAUCCAAUAUUGAAUGUGGACUAUACGUGUUUUGAUAGACUGUUUAAAACACCAGCCAGAAGUUUCAUUAGCCAUGGGGUGUUAUAUUUGAAAAAUACUAUAGAAGGUUUUAAAGAAUGUGAUAAAAAAUUGCUAUUGGAAGAAAAGGCAAAUCAGAUAUGGCAAGAUAUUAAAACAGGAAAAGCUGUAGAAGAUCCAACAUUAUUAUCCCGGUUUAUUUUACUAGCUUAUGCUGAUUUAAAAAAGUACCAUUAUUAUUAUUGGUUUGCUUUCCCAGCUCUAAUCUAUAAUGAACAUUCUGCUGAUAAUUACAGAGAACAGGGUCUGUUUAUGAAGUUUAUCAUGAUCAAUGUGAAACUUGGAAAAAAGUUGCUCACAAGUUUCCUUAAUAUUUACAAAAAAUUUCAGAGAAAUCUUACUCUUAAUUCCAUUGUAAAUAAAUUUUCAAAGUUUUCAGGUGUGUUUUUUAUGGUUAUAAUAGCAUUUUCGUUCUGUGAUCCCUGUACAUUAGAAAACCAUCCAGGAUGGCCCUUGAGAAAUUUCCUGCUCCUUAUAGCUUAUACAUGGGCAGAUAAGUUAGAGACGUGCAAUAUUUUAUGUUUUCGUGACAAAUCUCGAGAUGGAAAAAGAGAAAUAUCCCACAGUUUAAUGCUGAAUGUUCAGUUACCAAAAUUAGACAAAGAAACUUGUCCCAAAUGUGUUGGCUGGGAGAAGAAUGAAAAACAGAAGUUAGGACCAAGGAUGGUCAAUCUAAGUGCUACCAUGGACCCUAGCAGAUUAUGUGCAUCAGCUGUUGAUCUGAAUUUAAAACUAAUGAGAUGGCGACUGCUACCUGACCUUGACCUUGAUAAGAUCUCUUCUACAAAAUGUCUGUUGUUAGGAUCUGGUACAUUAGGUUGUAAUGUUGCACGCUGUCUUAUGGGUUGGGGAGUAAAGAACAUCACAUUAGUAGAUAAUUCUAAAGUAUCCUAUUCUAAUCCUGUCAGACAAUCAUUAUUUAUAUUUCAAGACUGUUUAAAUGGUGGAAAAGCUAAAGCAGAAGCUGCAGCAAACUCAAUGAGACAAAUAUUUCCUGGUGUUAAUGCUUUAGGUCUUAGUUUAAGUAUACCAAUGCCUGGACAUGCAAUAACAGGUAUAUUUUAUUUUAGUCCUGCAGUCCUGGUUCAGACUAAGAAAGAUAUAGAAACAUUAGAAGAUUUAAUAGAUAAACAUGAUGCUGUAUUUUUGUUGAUGGAUACAAGAGAAAGUCGGUGGCUUCCAACUUUAUUAGGGGCUGUUAAACAAAAAAUUGUUAUUAAUGCAGCAUUAGGAUUUGAUACAUAUUUAGUAUUACGACAUGGUUAUAAAUCAGAUACAGGUGUAGAUGGUACUAAAAUAAAACUGGGAGAAGUGAUUCCUGGAGAUCAGUUAGGCUGUUAUUUCUGUAAUGAUGUGGUAGCACCAGGAGAUUCCACAAGAGAUCGUAGUUUAGAUCAACAAUGUACAGUAACAAGACCUGGUAUAUCUAUGAUAGGAUCAGCUUUAGCUGUUGAAUUAUUGAUGUCUGUCUUACAACAUCCACUGGGGUUUAAUUUUUUUCAGAUUCGUGGUUUUUUGUCUAGAUUCUCCAGUGUUCUUCCAGCAAGUCAUGCUUUUGAUAAAUGUACUGCAUGUUCUCAAAUAGUAAUGGAAACCUAUAAAAAGGAAGGAUUUGAAUUUCUUGUGAAAGUGUUUAAUGAACCUUCAUAUUUGGAGAAUUUAACAGGGUUAACAGCAAUGCAUGAGGGAACAUUUGAUGUAGAGGUAUGGGAUUUAAGUGAUGAAGAAGAUUUUAGUAAUAAAGAAGAAUUAUAG